AGUCCGCACCGCACCAUGAGCCAGCGCCAGAGCCAGCGCCAGCGCCUCACAGUCCUCACACUCCUGCUCUGCGUGGCGCUGAACUGCACCUGGGCCAGAGCCAUCGCAGCAGACAAGACGCAAACCAAAGAGCACAGAGCACAUCGUCCACCUCUCGUCCCAGGCUUUCCGGAAAACACCACCGCGGUCGUGGGCGCCGAUGUGAAGCUUGUGUGUAAGGUUCAUAAGCCGGCCUCCACGAGGAUACAGUGGCUGAAGAGGAUCGGCCAUGAUCUGGACGCUGAUGGCCAACCCUACAUGCACAUGUUGACGUCCCUGCAGGGGAACGUGUCCAAGGUGAACGUCCUGCCUCUGUACAACGUAUCGCUGGAGAGCGCUGGAGAGUACGCAUGCAGGGCGGAGACAUCCUCUGGCCAGCACACACAGUCAGCCUGGCUGCAGGUCUACCCAGGUAAGGCAUCUAGAGGGAUUAAAUGUAAUUGUUCUUUUUCUAUUUCUCCAGAUGAUUCUGAGGACCAGGCUGAUGACGUGUCCAAGCACGUCCUGGUGGAGCCGGGUGACGUCCUGAAGUUGCGGUGUGAGUCGGGUCCGUGGGGCUCGGUGCUGUGGUACAAGGAUGGUACCCGCGUGCAGCACACUGCUCGCAUCCGCAUCCACGCCGGCGUCAUGGAGAUCUCGGGCAUCACUUACAGCGACUCGGGAGUGUACCUGUGCAUGCUGCGAGGGUCACGGGAGACCAUACGCAACUUCACCAUCAUCGUCGCAGACCCUCUUGGAUCUGGUGAUGAUGACGAUGAGGACAACGGCUUGGAUGACGUGCUAACGGAGUCUGAAAAUGACCAGGUCUACUUCCACAGAGGGCCGUACUGGACUCAUACCCAGCGUAUGGAGAAGAAGCUGCAUGCGGUGCCAGCAGGCAACACGGUGAAGUUCCGCUGCCCUGCCACCGGCAGCCCCCUGCCCACCAUCCGCUGGCUGAAGAACGGCCGCGAGUUCAGGGGCGAGCAUCGCAUCGGAGGCAUCAAGCUGCGGCAUCAGCACUGGAGCCUGGUGAUGGAGAGCGUGGUGCCGUCCGACAGGGGAAACUACACCUGCGUGGUGCAGAACAAGUUCGGCUCCAUCAUGCACAGUUACCUGCUGGAUGUGCUUGAGCGCUCCCCACAUCGGCCCAUCCUGCAGGCAGGUCUGCCGGCCAACACCACGGCCAUGGUGGGAGGAGACGCCCAGUUCCUGUGCAAGGUGUACAGCGACGCCCAGCCACACAUCCAGUGGCUCAAGCACAUCGAGAAGAACGGCAGCCGCUAUGGGCCCGACGGGAUGCCAUACGUUCAAGUCCUGAAGACGGGUAGUUUGAACAUGUCGGAGGUGGAGGUGUUGUACCUGACCAACAUCUCCCUGGAGGAUGCAGGGGAGUACACCUGCCUGGCCGGCAACUCCAUCGGCUUCUCCUACCAGUCAGCCUGGCUCACCGUCCUCUCUGAGGAAGAGGUUGCGGUGGAUCUGGAGAAGAUGGAGACCAAGUAUACGGACAUCAUCAUCUAUGCUUCGGGGGCGCUGGCUCUGGUAAUGGCCGCCAUCAUCGUGGCGCUGUGCCGCAUGCAAGUGCACCCCAGCAGAGAACCCUUCGACGCCUUGCCCGUCCAGAAGCUCUCCAAGUUCCCGCUACGCAGACAGUAUUCGGUGGAGUCCAACUCGUCUGGGAAGAGCAGUGCCUCUCUCAUGAGGGUGGCGCGUCUCUCCUCCAGCUGCUCUCCCAUGCUGGCCGGAGUCAUCGAGUUCGAACUGCCCUACGACCCUGACUGGGAGUUUCCCAGAGAGAACUUGACGUUGGGGAAGCCGCUGGGUGAGGGCUGCUUUGGGCAGGUGGUGAGGGCAGACGCCUACAGCAUCAACAAGGACAGCCCAGAACAAGUCUCCACUGUGGCCGUCAAGAUGCUCAAGGAUGAUGCCACGGAUAAGGAUCUGGCGGACCUGAUCUCGGAGAUGGAGCUGAUGAAGGGGAUGGGGAAACACAAGAACAUCAUCAACCUCUUAGGAGUCUGCACACAAGAUGGUCCUCUGUAUGUCCUGGUGGAGUAUGCCUCCAAGGGCAGCUUGAGGGAGUACCUGCGAGCUCGUCGUCCUCCUGGUAUGGACUACACCUUCGACGUGACCAAAGUGCCCGAGGAGCAGUUGACCUUCAAGGACCUGUUGUCCUGUGCCUACCAGGUGGCCCGCGGCAUGGAGUACCUGGCCUCCAACAGAUGCAUCCACAGAGACCUGGCCGCCAGGAACGUAUUGGUGACCGAAGACAACGUCAUGAAGAUUGCAGACUUCGGCCUGGCUCGCGGCGUACACCAAAUAGACUACUACAAGAAAACAACAAAUGGACGCCUGCCAGUGAAAUGGAUGGCACCAGAGGCCCUGUUUGACCGCGUCUACACACACCAGAGUGACGUCUGGUCGUUCGGGGUUCUGAUGUGGGAGAUCUUCACCCUGGGCGGCUCCCCGUAUCCCGGCAUCCCCGUGGAGGAGCUCUUCAAGCUGCUGAAGGAGGGACACCGCAUGGACAAGCCCUCCAACUGCACACAUGAACUGUACAUGAAGAUGAGAGAGUGCUGGCACGCCGUACCCACGCAGAGACCCACCUUCAAACAGCUGGUCGAGGAGCUGGACAGACUGCUACUGUCCAUUUCAGAUGAGUACUUGGACUUGUCGACUCCCUUUGAACAGUACUCCCCAUCAUGUGAAGACACAUCCAGCUCUUGCUCAUCGGACAACGACUCUGUUUUUACCCACGAUGCUGUUUCCACGGACCCCUGUCUCCUUGGCUACCACAACAUUCGAUCUCGGCGAGACCUAUAGACAUUUUGCACGGCUGGCUUAGCUCGACAUUUGGUUAUCAUCGGACUUCAAUUUGGCACUAGCUGCUCGGACUGAUCACAGUGUUGUCGAUCGACUGUAUCGAUGUUUGCACGAGGAGAAAUUGGUACGGAGAGGUCCUGAGAGGCUCACGUCUCUCACUCACUCACUGCCCAACCAAGAACAUUAUGGCGAUGCUUGGCACUACAGAGAAAACAGCAGCUAUGAGUUGGAACAUGUCUGUUUCUUGUUUUGAAUCCAGUUGCAUCGAUGAAGAGGCUGGUCAAAGAUAUACAACUCCUGAAGUAUCUAAAAACAGUAUUGUAAAGUGGAGUGUACAAAGAAAAGAAUUUAUUUUGAUAUUGAAGAGAAACUGAUAAGAUUGUUAAAUAUAAAAAUCUCUCUCUAUAUAAAAUUAUUUUACUUUUUUUGCUAUUUAAAGAACAAAAAACAGCUGUGUUAAAUCUCAGGAAAUCAUUUGUGCAUUUUACAUCACAGCAAUGAAGUGCUGAUUUUUUAGAUUUCCUAUAAAUAUAUAAAACAUUUUAUACAUAUCUCAAAAGAAAGUCAAUUGCUUUUUUAACUUAUUUUGAAAUCUUAUGAAGUGAAGCUGAAGAAAUUUGACGAAAAAGACACAUUAUUUUCCACAACACAAAAGACUACUACAAAGAAAUAUAUGGCCUGCCCUGAACCACAGUAGAACUACGCAUGUCUACAUACUUGGAGCCGAUCUGCAAAGCUUUCCUUGACGGCUUCUCAUGGCCACUCAGUCUGUCAGGAGCGAUGAAGAGACUGCCAAGUGUGGAACAAAAGACUGGUCCUAGCGGAGUCUAAAUCCAUUCAACACACCGGACACAUCUCAGGAGACACGCAGAGCGUCUACUGUCAGUCCUGUAAAAGAAAGAAAGAAAGGAAAAGAGAGGGAAAAAAGAAAGGAUUGAAUGUGGGCUAGUAGUCUAGAGGGGGUAAUGGGGCAGCUUGGUUUGGUGGUUUAUAAAGACUAAGAUAAGACGGCUUUGAAUCGAGUUUAAAGAAGUUGGGUCACUGUCUUCCAAGAACUUUGGUCCCUUUUUAACUUCACUUUCGUGUUUUAUCCCAACUUGGCCCCCAUGUAGGACUUAUCUCUGAAAUGUCUCCAGUGAUGUCCACAGCAGUCAGAGCAGCAGGGGGCCGUUAGCGGGACCAGACCUGGCCGAGCUGGAG